AUGGAAAGCAUCGAUCUGGGCGAGUCUGGCGAUACUACACCUUGCUCAAGUGUCCACUACGACAAGCAAUGUGGUGUGAAUUACGACUAUACAGGCUUUACACAAGAUCAGAACGAACGCGCAGAUGCCGUCGUGGAGAUGUUCCGACAUGCAUGGACUGGCUACUUCGACUAUGCUUUCCCGAAUGAUGACCUGCUGCCCAAGAACAAUUCGUACAGGAACAGCCGGAAUGGCUGGGGCUUGACGGCGAUUGACGGACUCGACACCGCCAUCAUUAUGGAACAGCAGGAUAUCGUCGACGUGGUUCUCGACUUCAUUCCCACAGUUGACUUUACUAAAAACAAUGCCAAAGGACCUCAAGAUGCUCAGACCACGAGCUUAUUCGAGACCAAUAUUCGCUACCUCGGAGGUCUGUUGUCCUCUUACGACCUCCUGAAAGGCCCCUUUAAGCACUUGGCCCCAGACGGUGACAAGAGAGUCGAUGCCUUACUUUCACAGGCCGUCUCGCUUGCCGACACACUCAAGUUCUGCUUCGACACUCCCAGCGGGAUCCCCGUGAACCUCGUAUGGAUCGAUAACCAGACUUUUACCAAUUCUUCAGUGAUGCUGAAUGGUGAUUACACUGCCGGCCUUGCCGAAAUUGGCACUCUCGUGCUCGAAUGGCAGCAUCUCAGCGAUCUCAGCGGAGAUCCCUCAUACGGCGAGCUUGCACAGCGUGCCGAGUCUUACUGGUUCCAAGCACCGGAAGUCUGGCCUGGUCUCACGGGGGGAAACUUUAGCGUCGGCACAGGUGAAUUACUCGACGAUUAUGGUGGCUGGACAUCGGGAAACGACAGUGCGUAUGAAUAUCUCAUCAAGAUGUAUGUCUACGACCCGGAGAGAUAUUCCAACUAUAGUCAACGCUGGAUUGCAGCCGCAGACUCCACGAUUGAACAUCUCCUCAGCAGUCCGAAUACGCGUCCCGAUCUGACUAUGGCUGGCGCAUUCAGCGGAAAAGUUGUACAGAACUAUUCCGAAGGACUGGCGUGCUUCAUUGGCGGGAGUUUUAUUCUUGGCAGUACUGUGCUCAAGGAUGACCGUUACUUGGAGCGAGGUCUCCAGUUUGCAGAAUGGUGUGCGAACGGCUAUCGGUAUGCUGCAAGUGGUAUUGGACCAGUACUGUACAGUUGGAACGAGACAAUCCUCGCGAAUCCGAAUUACACCAACCAAACGACCCUAUAUGAAAGAGCAGGAUGGUUCAUUCCUGAAAAUCUUGCAUUUGUAGGCGGACAGGCCCCUGAAGCAGUAGAGUCGUGGUAUUAUGCGCACCAAGCCACUGGGGACCCAUACUGGCGCGAUGUCGCCUGGGCAUACACUCUGGCACAAAACAAGACCCUUCGUGUGGGCUCUGGCUUCGCUAGCACUAGUAACGUUCUGGUAAAAGAUGGCGGAGAGAAGAGAAACUUCAUGGCGAGUUAUCUGCUGGCAGAAGUGCUCAAGUAUCAGUAUUUGAUUCAAGCACCGAAGCAGGGCAUUUGGGAUGUCAUUUAUGGAGAAGACAAGGUGAACCAUUUUGUGUACAAUACAGAAGCACAUCCGAUGAAGGUGGCGGCGAAAAAGCCUGUAUAG